AUGGCCUAUCUCGCCCGCACUCUCCCAAAAAGGGUCUUCACCCCCUCACUGACCCAAUCCAUCCGCCAAACCCGAUCAACAAGCACAGCAGUCCUCCAAUCCACACCAACAACCCGCACAACACAACUCACACCAACAAACCAACCCAGAAACCCCCUCCCCCACCGAACCUACCACUCAGCCCUCCAUGCUAGGCUCCCAGACCACUCCUACACAAACUCCCAAACAGCAAUCCUAACUUCGGCACUAGCCCAUGUUCCCGCACACGGCUUCUCCGCAACAGCACUGACUCUCGGCGCUCGCGAUGCCGGCUUCCUCGAUGUCUCGGUCGAGGAGGGUGGAUUAUUCCGGCGCAUUGCGGCGGAGAAGGGGAAGGAUGUUCAUGAGCUUUCUGUUGAGGAGAGGGUGAGAGGGUUGCUUUUAGAGAGACUGAGGAUGAAUGCCGAGGUUAAGGAUGUUUGGCAGGAUGCCCUGGCGCAAAUGUCGCUUCUUGCUAACAUCCCCAUUUCUCUUGCGGAGCUGCAUGCCCUUGCUUCGGAUAUUCUUACUCUUUCUGGUGAUGAUGCUGUUGAUGCCGCUUGGUACACGCACCGUCUGGCGGUGUCGGCUAUCUAUGCCAGUGCUGAGGUUGUGAUGACCCGUGACCCGACGCCGGAUCUUGUGGAGACGGCGGCGUUUGUGGAGCGCCGGUUUGAGGAUCGGAAGGCACUUGCUGAUAAGCUUACUGGCAUUGGACAGUGUGCUGGAUUUGGGUGGAAUACUGCUAUUGGGCUGGGACGAAGCUGGGGGUUGAAGAUUUGA